AACGGAGCGGCGGAGCGGGCGGGCGGCCAUUUUGUGAAGCGGCAGCGGAGCUGUUGGCUGCAGUGAGCUCCGGGAAGCCGUUCGGCCUGGGGCUGUCGGUCGCGGGGCAGAGGCACUCGCGCGGGGGGUAACUCGGGUCUGGGUUCUGGUGCCGCGCAAGCUCUCCCCGUCUAAAAGUUGGUUUUAAUUGGUUGCCCACAGGAUUGACUUGGCCUCUACUUCUUAAGAAAAUACAUCUCUUGUUUUACAAGGUGUGUGUGGUUUCAGCGCAGCAUGGCUGUGGUCAUCCGUUUGCAAGGUCUCCCAAUUGUGGCGGGGACCAUGGACAUUCGCCACUUCUUCUCUGGAUUGACCAUCCCUGAUGGGGGCGUGCAUAUUGUAGGGGGUGAACUGGGUGAGGCUUUCAUCGUUUUUGCCACUGAUGAAGAUGCAAGGCUUGGUAUGAUGCGCACAGCUGGUACAAUUAAAGGGUCAAAAGUAACACUGUUACUGAGUAGUAAAACAGAAAUGCAGAAUAUGAUUGAACUGAGUCGUAGGCGUUUUGAAACUGCCAACUUAGAUAUACCACCAGCAAAUGCUAGUAGAUCAGGACCGCCACCUAGCUCAGGGAUGAGCAGCAGGGUGACUUUGCCAGCAACAGUACCGAACUUUAAUAAUCCUUCGCCGAGUGUAGUUACUGCUACUACCUCUUCUGUUCAUGAGAGCAGCAAAAACAUACAGACAUUUUCCACAGCCAGCGUAGGAAGUGCUCCUCCAAGUAUGGGGACUUCUUUUGGGAGUCCAACAUUCAGCUCAACCAUUCCGAGUACAGCUUCUCCAAUGAACACAGUCCCCCCACCACCAAUUCCUCCAAUCCCAGCGUUGCCAUCUUUGCCACCGCUGCCAUCCAUUCCCCCAAUACCAGUUCCUCCUCCGGUACCAACAUUGCCUCCUGUGCCACCUGUUCCUCCCAUUCCCCCAGUCCCUUCUGUGCCACCUAUGACCCCAUUGCCACCCAUGUCAAGCAUGCCACCAUUGAAUCCACCACCUGUGGCACCUCUGCCUGCUGGAAUGAAUGGCUCUGGAGCACCCAUGAAUCUGAACAGUAAUCUGAACCCUGUGUUCCUGGGUCCAUUAAACCCUGUUAACCCUAUCCAGAUGAACUCUCAAAGCGGCGUGAAGGCACUUCCCAUCAACCCUGAUGAUCUCUAUGUGAGUGUGCAUGGAAUGCCCUUUUCUGCAAUGGAGAACGAUGUCAGAGAGUUUUUCCAUGGGCUCCGUGUUGACGCAGUGCAUUUGUUAAAAGAUCAUGUAGGUCGAAAUAACGGGAAUGGAUUGGUUAAAUUUCUCUCUCCUCAAGAUACAUUUGAAGCUUUGAAACGGAACAGAAUGCUGAUGAUUCAACGCUAUGUGGAAGUCAGUCCUGCCACAGAGAGACAGUGGGUAGCUGCUGGAGGUCAUAUCACUUUUAAGCAAAGUAUGGGGCCUUCUGGACAAGCCCAUCCCCCUCCACAGACAGUUCCAAGGUCAAAGUCACCCAGUGGGCAGAAAAGGUCACGAUCAAGAUCACCACAUGAGGCUGGUUUUUGUGUUUACUUAAAAGGGCUACCAUUUGAAGCGGAAAACAAACAUGUCAUUGAUUUUUUUAAGAAGUUGGAUAUUGUAGAAGAUAGUAUUUAUAUAGCUUAUGGACCCAAUGGGAAAGCAACUGGUGAAGGUUUUGUAGAAUUCAGGAAUGAUUCUGACUAUAAGGCUGCUCUCUGCCGUCAUAAACAAUACAUGGGCAAUCGCUUUAUUCAAGUUCAUCCAAUUACUAAGAAAGGUAUGCUAGAAAAAAUAGAUAUGAUUCGAAAACGACUUCAGAACUUCAGCUAUGACCAGAGGGAAAUGGUGUUAAAUCCGGAGGGGGAAGUCAGUUCUGCCAAAAUCUGUGCCCAUAUAACAAACAUUCCAUUCAGCAUUACAAAGAUGGACGUUCUUCAGUUCCUAGAUGGAAUCCCAGUGGAUGAGAAUGCUGUCCAUGUUCUUGUUGAUAACAAUGGGCAAGGUCUAGGGCAGGCGUUGGUUCAGUUUAAAACAGAAGAUGAUGCACGUAAAUCUGAACACUUACACCGUAAAAAGCUGAAUGGGAGAGAAGCUUUUGUUCAUAUAGUUACCCUAGAAGAUAUGCGAGAGAUUGAGAAAAAUCCCCCAGCCCAAGGAAAAAAGGGCUUAAAGAUGCCUGUUCCAGGUAAUCCUGCAGUACCAGUGAUACCUAGUGCAGGGGUUCCUGCUGCUGGAAUUCCCACUGCUGGAAUACCUGGUGGUGGGAUACCUGGUGCUGGAAUGCCAGGUAGUGGAAUGCCUAGUGCGGGUAUGCCUGCUGCUGGAAUGCCCGGUGCUGGCAUGCCCAGUGCAGGAGGAGAAGAGCAUGUCUUCUUGACUGUAGGAUCGAAGGAGGCCAAUCAUGGGCCACCAUUUAACUUCCCUGGUAAUUUUGGUGGACCCAAUGCCUUUGGGCCACCACUCCCCCCUCCAGGAUUAGGGGGUGCCUUUGGUGAUGUUAGACCUGUUAUGCCUUCAGUUGGGAACAGUGGUUUGCCUGGCCUAGGACUGGAAGUUCCAGGUUUUGGAGGUGCACCAAAUAAUUUAAGUGGGCCAUCAGGAUUUGGAGGGAUCCCUCAGAAUUUUGGAAAUGGCCCAGGCAGUUUAAGUGCUCCUCCUGGUUUUGGAAGUGGGCCCCCUGGUCUGGGAAGUGUUCCCGGGCAUUUGGGUGGGCCUCCAACCUUUGGGCCUGGGCCUGGGCCUGGUCCAAUCCAUAUUGGGGGUCCUCCUGGCUUUGGAGCUAGCUCUGGAAAACCAGGACCUACAAUAAUUAAGGUGCAGAAUAUGCCUUUUACUGUAUCUAUUGAUGAAAUUUUAGAUUUCUUUUAUGGUUAUCAAGUAAUCCCAGGUUCAGUAUGUUUGAAGUACAAUGAAAAAGGUAUGCCUACAGGUGAAGCCAUGGUGGCCUUUGAAUCUCGGGACGAAGCCACAGCUGCUGUCAUUGACUUAAAUGAUAGGCCUAUAGGCUCAAGGAAGGUAAAACUCAUGGCCCGCUGUGUGACCUUGGUUCAGCUGUCCGUUUCCUGUGACCAUCUCAUUGAUAAGGACAUCGGCUCCAAAUCUGACCCACUCUGCGUCCUUUUACAGGAUGUGGGAGGGGGCGCCUGGGCUGAGCUUUGCAGGACGGAGCGAGUCCGGAACUGCUCAAGCCCUGCGUUCUCCAAGACUCUGCAGAUCGAGUACCACUUUGAGACCGUCCAGAAGCUACGGUUUGGAAUCUACGACAUAGACAACAAGACACCAGAGCUGGGGGAUGAUGACUUCCUAGGGGGAGCUGAGUGUUCCUUAGGUCAGAUUGUGUCCAGCCAGACGCUGACUCUACCCUUGAUGUUGAAGCCUGGGAAACCUGCCGGGCGGGGAACCAUCACAGUCUCAGCCCAGGAGUUAAAGGACAGUCGUGUGGUGACUGUGGAGGUGGAAGCUAGGAACCUAGAUAAGAAGGACUUCCUAGGAAAAUCUGAUCCGUUCUUGGAGUUCUUCCGCCAGGGUGAUGGGCAGUGGCACCUGGCAUACAGAACAGAGGUAGUCAAGAACAACCUGAACCCUACCUGGAAGCGCUUCUCAGUCUCUCUUCAGCACUUCUGCGGUGGGGACCCCAGCACACCCAUCCAGGUACGCUGCUCAGACUAUGAUAGUGACGGGUCACAUGACCUCAUCGGUACCUUCCAUACCACCUUGGCCCAAAUGCAGGCAGUCCCGGCUGAGUUUGAAUGUAUCCACCCUGAGAAGCAGCAGAAAAAGAAAAGCUACAAGAACUCUGGAACUGUCUGUGUCAGGACCUGCCAGGUGGAGACAGAGUAUUCCUUCCUAGACUAUGUGAUGGGAGGCUGCCAGAUCAACUUUACUGUGGGAGUGGACUUCACUGGCUCCAAUGGCGACCCGUCUUCCCCUGACUCCCUGCAUUAUCUGAGCCCGACAGGAGUCAACGAGUAUCUGACAGCACUCUGGAGUGUGGGCAGCGUGGUUCAAGACUACGACUCAGACAAGCUGUUUCCAGCAUUUGGAUUUGGGGCCCAAGUACCCCCUGAUUGGCAGGUCUCACAUGAGUUUGCCCUGAACUUCAAUCCCAGUAAUCCAUAUUGUGCAGGUAUCCAGGGUAUUGUAGAUGCCUACCGUCAGGCACUGCCCCAAGUUCGUCUCUAUGGCCCCACCAACUUUGCACCCAUAAUCAACCACGUGGCCAGGUUUGCAGCGCAGGCUGCACAGCAGAGGAUAGCCUCGCAAUACUUCGUGCUGUUGCUUUUGACUGACGGCGCUGUGACUGAUGUGGAGGCCACGUCUGAGGCUGUGGUGAAAGCCUCAAAGCUGCCCAUGUCGGUGAUCAUUGUGGGUGUGGGUGGUGCUGACUUUGAGGUCAUGGAACAGCUGGAUGCUGAUGGCGGCCCUCUUCGCACACGCGCAGGAGAAGCAGCUGCCCGCGACAUAGUACAGUUUGUACCUUACCGACGAUUUCAGAAUGCGCCACGGGAAACCCUUGCACAGACUGUGCUUGCAGAAGUGCCCGCUCAGCUGGUUUCCUACUUCAGAGCCCAAGGUUGGGCCCCAGUAAAGGCACCUCCAGCCCCAGCCAAGGGCCCCACACAGGCCCCCCAGGCAUAGGUUCCGCCUGCAGCCUGCACAGCCUCUCGGCAUGGACCAGCUCUGCACAUUCUUCCCGCUUUAUAUCUGAC